CCGCUUGUACACGGCUAGCACUCCGCAUCGCCAGAAAAUUUCAUCACACUCGGGGCUCAGGGAAGUGCGGACUGUGGCAGAGACGGGGCCCUCGGCCCGAGCGUCCGCGGCGCAGAGCGUGGGCCCCAUCAGCUCUUGGCUGGAGGUGCGAGGGAUACACACAUACCAAGUGCACAGACACUCGAGUCACACAGGUCACGUAGACACCGGACUCGCAUUCAUUCUUAAGACUGCUCCAGCUGCGAAGGGAGAGAGAGGGGUUGGGUUCCCCCAAGGAAGGAGCUCGGAGAAGCCACAGGGUGGGUGGAGCCAUCUCCUUUCAAGUGCAGCCCUGAUGGUGGCGCUCAAUAGCCGCCUCCCUCGUCCUGGAGGGCCCCAACCCUUCCCACACCAACGCCUUAAACCCUCAGCUUGCACAUAAAUGACCUUCACUAGAUAGAGGUCGUGUUCCACGUUUCCUCGUGGCUUCUUCGGCGCGGGUUGAACUCGGCGAAGAUUGCUCCGCCUCCCUCACAGACGCUUAGUAGUCCGGGCCGCUGCACCCCUCACGAAUCCCCUGGGGUGGACGGAGAGGGGUUAGCAAAGGGGGAGCUCCAGGCUCUGAGCAGAUUGGGGCGGGGGGCGCGGUUGGCUGUGGGCAGUGCUGCCUGCGUCCUGGCAGCAAGAGCAAGAACCUAUGAAAUCGAUCAUUUAUGCAAAAUCUACCAGCGCCCCAUCCCGGCAUAGGCAUGGUUUCCAGCUUCCGAAGCAUUCCUGGUAGGGUGGGACUCUUCCCCACUUUGCCCUCCUUUCUCGAGCAGCUCCCAGGGGUGGGCUUGGCCCCUUCCUCCAGCCGGUGUGUGUGUGUGCGCGUGUGUGUGCAGAGGGCAGGGAGAGAAGGGGGCGGGAUCCAGCCAGGAGACCCCGGGAGCCGCAGACGCUGAAGAAGCCAAGGGCUGGGAGAUAGAGGAGCUCCCGGAUCUUGGGGGCAGGACAGCAGAACCCCUGCGAGUCCUGGGAACAAGAGACCUUCCAGGCCAGUGCAGAGGCUGCAAGUGUCGCUGAUUCCCCGAGUUUCGCCCCUUCUUAAGCCACGCCCACGUUCUCUACUUCUCAGCAAAGAGGGGCUGAGGUUGAGCGCUCUGGGCCACAGACACCAGCUCCCCCGCCUCCCCGGGAGUCCAGCCAGCGCUCAGCACUGCCCCACCCCCCAAGGUUUGAAGAUUGGAGGGACCCCUUCUUUUCCCCCUCCAGUUCGCGGUUCCUCCCCUGGCUUGUGAAACUCCACCCCUCCACCUUCUCCUGGCGGGGAUUGGGGCAGCUCCAGCGGCCGUACCUAGUGAUUGGUCCCCAUGGCUGACGGUCACCGGUGAGAUCCCUCCCCGCGCUGGUGCGGGGUCUGGGGGCGCUGCUCAGCGGGGCCCGGCUGGCGCGGCUUGAGCCGCCGCCGCACUGACAGCUUGGUCUGCGGACCAUGGAGACCGGCGCUGGCCCACAUCCGCUGCGCCUGCUCGUUUGCCUGAUGCCACUUUCUCUUGCGUUGCUGCUGGGACCAGGGAGGCCCGGGACUGCCGAGGAAGUCAUCCUCCUGGACUCCAAAGCCUCCCAGGCUGAGUUGGGCUGGACUGCAUCGCCGAGCAAUGGGUGGGAGGAGAUCAGCGGCAUGGACGAGCACGACCGCCCCAUCCGCACGUACCAGGUGUGCAACGUGCUGGAGCCCAACCAGGACAACUGGCUGCAGACCGGCUGGAUCGGCCGCGGCCGCGGGCAGCGCAUCUUCGUGGAGCUGCAGUUCACACUGCGCGACUGCAGCAGCAUCCCUGGCGCCGCGGGCACCUGCAAGGAGACUUUCAACGUCUACUACCUGGAAACUGAGGCCGACCUGGGCCGCGGGCAUCCCCGCCCAGGCAGCAGCCGGCCCCGCAAGAUCGACACGAUCGCAGCGGACGAAAGCUUCACUCAGGGCGACCUGGGGGAGCGCAAGAUGAAGCUGAACACGGAGGUGCGCGAGAUCGGUCCGCUCAGCCGGCGGGGCUUCCACCUGGCCUUCCAGGACGUGGGCGCAUGCGUGGCGCUGGUCUCCGUGCGCGUCUACUACAAGCAGUGCCGCGCCACGGUGCGGGGCCUGGCGGCGUUCCCAGCCACCGCGGCCGAGAGCGCCUUCUCCACGCUGGUGGAGGUGACCGGUACGUGCGUGGCGCACUCCGAGGGGGAGCCCGGCAGCCCUCCGCGCAUGCACUGCGGCGCGGACGGCGAGUGGCUGGUGCCCGUGGGCCGCUGCAGCUGCAGUGCGGGAUUCCAGGAACGCGGUGACAUCUGCGAAGCCUGUCCCCCAGGGUUUUACAAGGUGUCCUCGCGGCGGCCCCUCUGCUCGCCGUGCCCGGAGCACAGCCGGGCGCUGGAAAACGCCUCCACGUUCUGCGCCUGCCUGGACAGCUACGCGCGCUCGCCCACUGACCCGCCCUGGGCCUCCUGCACCCGGCCGCCGUCCGCGCCGCGGGACCUGCAGUACAGCCUGAGCCGCUCGCCGCUGGCGCUGAGGCUGCGCUGGUUGCCGCCGGCGGACUCGGGCGGCCGCUCCGACGUCACCUACUCGCUGCUGUGCCUGCGCUGUGGCCGCGAGGGCCCAGCGGGCGCGUGCGAGCCGUGCGAGCCACGCGUGGCCUUCGUGCCGCGCCAGGCCGGGCUCCGCGAGCGCGCCGCCACGCUGCUCCACCUGCGGCCCGGGGCGCGCUACACCGUGCGCGUGGCGGCGCUCAACGGCGUCUCCGGCCCGGCGGCGGCCGCCACGGGAGCCACCUACGCGCAGGUCACGGUCUCCACCGGGCCAGGGGGGCCCUGGGAGGAGGAUGAGAUUCGCAGGGACCGAGUGGAACCCCAGAGUGUGUCCCUGUCCUGGCGGGAGCCCAUCCCCGCUGGAGCCCCUGGGGCCAAUGGCACAGAGUAUGAGAUCCGCUACUACGAGAAGGGUCGGAGUGAGCAGACUUACUCCACAGUGAAGACAGCCGCACCUGCGGUCACCGUCACCAACCUGAAGCCAGCGACACGCUACGUGUUUCAGAUCCGGGCGGCUUCCCCAGGGCCCUCUUGGGGGACCCAGGGCUUCAGCCCCAGCAUCGAAGUGCAGACCCCAGGGGAGGCUGCCUCAGGCUCCAGGGACCAGAGCCCCGCAGUGGUUGUCACCGUGGUCACCAUCUCAGCCAUCCUUGUCCUGGGCUCUGUGAUGAGCGUGCUGGCCAUUUGGAGGAGGCCCUGCAGCUAUGGCAAAGGAGGUCGGGACACCCACGAUGAGGAGGAGCUGUAUUUCCACUUCAAAGUCCCGACACGCCGCACGUUCGUGGACCCCCAGAGCUGUGGGGACCCACUACAGGCUGUUCAUCUGUUUGCCAAGGAGCUGGAUGCAAAGAGCGUCACAGUGGAGAAGAGCCUGGGAGCAGGGCGGUUUGGGGAGCUCUGCUGUGGCCGCCUGCAGCUCCCUGGCCGCCAGGGGCUCCCCGUGGCCGUGCACACGCUGAGGGAAGGCUGCUCCGAUGCCCAGAGGCUCAGCUUCCUGGCCGAGGCCCUCACCCUGGGUCAGUUCGACCACAGCCACGUCGUGCGGCUGGAGGGUGUGGUCACCCGAGGAAGCACCUUGAUGAUCGUCACUGAGUACAUGAGCCUUGGGGCCCUGGACGGCUUCCUCAGGCGGCACGAGGGCCAGGUGGCGGCUGGGCAGCUGCUGGGGCUGCUGCCUGGGCUGGCGUCGGCCAUGAAGUAUCUGUCGGAGAUGGGCUACGUUCACCGGGGCCUGGCCGCCCGCCGGGUGCUGAUCAGCAGUGGCCUUCUCUGCAAGAUUUCCGGCUUCGGGCGGGGACCUCGGGACCGGGCAGAGGCCGUCUACACCACCAUGAGUGGCCGCAGCCCGGCGCUGUGGGCUGCCCCCGAGACCCUUCAGUUCGGCCACUUCAGCUCUGCCAGCGACGUGUGGAGCUUCGGCGUUGUCAUGUGGGAGGUGAUGGCCUUCGGGGAGCGGCCCUACUGGGACAUGUCUGGCCAAGACGUAAUCAAGGCCGUGGAGGAUGGCUUCCGGCUGCCGCCCCCCAGGAACUGCCCCUCCGCCCUGCACCGACUGAUGCUUGACUGCUGGCAGAAGGACCCAGGUGAGCGGCCCAGGUUCUCCCAGAUCCACAGCAUCCUGAGCAAGAUGGUGCAGGACCCAGAACCCCCGAAGUGCGCUGCAGCCGCCUGUCCGAGGCCUCCCACCCCCCUGGCGGACCGUGCCUUCUCCACCUUCCCCUCCUUUGGCUCUGUGGGUGCAUGGCUGGAGGCCCUGGACCUGGGCCGCUACAAGGACAGCUUCGCUGCGGCUGGCUACGGGAGCCUGGAGGCCGUGGCCGCCAUGACCGCGCAGGACCUGGCAAGCCUGGGCAUCUCGUCGGCGGAGCAUCGGGAGGCCCUCCUCAGCGGGAUCGGCACCCUGCGGGCACGAGUGCUCCAGCUGCAGGGCCAGGGUGUACAGGUGUGAGCAGCUCUCACUCUUCCCCAGGGGGCUCAGACGCAGCCGGACAAGCCCCUGGGCAAGCUGCAUUCCACUCGUGGGGAAGUGAGCUCCCUUCCUCCACCUGGGGCCGGUUCCCCCAUUUCACUGCCCACUCCUCCCACUUUCCCCAGCCUGAACGCCUUGGCUGACUCAGCCCCCCUGGAGAGGGCCCUUGACAGAACAGCGGGAGGAGAAGCAGGGUCUGAGACACUGAGGUGGGGCUAGGUGGGGAGGAAAGACGUAGCUUUAAAUCACCGGGCUCCUGCCCUUCUGUCUUCCGCAUUCACUGGGGCGCUGGGGCCUGACCCCCGACCCUGCAGACCCCUGGGCCAGCAGGCAGUGCACGUCCCUGCUGGGCUGUCAGUGGGCCCAGCAGUGAGCACAGCUGCCUGGCAGCUUAUUGUGGAGGGGCCUGCAGGGGCAGGGUCCUCAGCUCCUGGUGCUGGGGCUCAGCCCUGUCUGGGCAUUGGUCCCGAGGCCCAGGCAGCAGAGGUGGUGCUGAGCUCAGGGGUCUCGGUUUCUGCCUCCCUUGCCGUUGGGCUGACAGCUCAGGGUGAGGGUCCCGGCGGCGGGGCCACGCAAGGUCCUGGUGCUCCCUGAGGCCCCACUGGCCUCCCCUUUGCAUUCCUUUUGUAAACUCGCUGGCUGGACUCCUGGGAGGGACACGAGGGGAGAUGUCUUCUCCCCCGGGGGACCCCAGAGUGUGUUGUCCAGCCUGGGGGGAUGGUGACAGAGAGACUCUCAGAGACGGACCUUCUCUCUCUGGUGGGUCCAGUGCUCACUGUACGGGUGGGGGAGCCUGAGACCCAGUGAGGAGCCAGGACCAGGCCUGGGGCAGAGCCAGCUCGCCCAACUCCCUGCCCAGGGGUGAGGUCGGCUCUGGAGGGAGGCCUUGGUCCCGCUCUGGGACACCACCACUCUUUCCCAGGGGAUCCAGGGCCACUGUGAGGGGAGCCCCGGGGAGGUGCCCCAUCCCUGGCCACCACCCAGCCUCCUUGGAGCACCUCCCCCGCUCCGGCUUCUGCGGGCCUCAGACGGAAGUGGGCGCACUGAGCUGGCUCCAGAAUUCCUUGCCCAGAAGGGCUCCCCCAAGCCGUGGUGAUGACGAGACCGCACUUUCCUAGGACAGGAGAAAGGCAGCCGGAUCUGGAUAGGGCCAUGGGGGCUGUCUUUCCAGUGUGCUUCCGGCACGCCUCUCCGGGUUUGGCUGUGGUGGGUGGGCUGGGCUGGGCUGGAAGGAGGAGCCGAAGGCUGGAGGAACGGGGUGAAUGAGACACAGAGCCCGCCCUCCGGGGGCUUAGGCCAGGUGGGGUGAUGAUCUCAGACACCAUGGGAGACCUCGGGUCUGUGGGCUGGGGGGCUAGGGCGGCCACUGGACCCUCUUGAUCUGUGUAUGUGGAGGGUUGUCUGGAGAGGCUCCUUGGCUGAGAAGCCAACUCGGAAGUUGAACAGGGCCUUCAAGGUGGGGCAGGAUGAAGUCGUGAAUGGGUGAAGUCGUCAGCAAGCCCUGACGGAGGGCCCGGGCCAAGAUGGGGUCCAAGCAGAGCAGCUAACGGGAGCUGGAGCCCAGGGGCCGAAAGACGCAGUGGGUCUCUGGGGAGCACCCCCUGGAGGGGGGGGAUGGUGCCUCACAGCAGUGCCUUCGGCAGGGCCCGGCAGCUCUUCUCUCCUUGGGCCCCCCUCCCGUCUUCCUGUUUCCUGGGCCCCGGCCCCAGCUCGGUGACUCUGGAGGUACUGGGGGAGACCCAGGUACUGCCUCCAUCUUUGACAGGGCUAGAGGGCCCCGUGCCAGGUGUCCUUCAGGCUCCGCGCCCCGGACCCUUGCCCCUGGGAAGCCUGGAGAGGACAUGGCGUGAGGGCCAGCGUCCUGUCUCGUGGGAGGGGAGCCUCAGCUCCAGCUGCAGUCCCAGCAGUCAUGCUCUGAAGGUCAAGUCCCUGCCCCACCAGCUGCUCUGCAGAGGGGCUGCCGUCGGCAGGACUUCGGUGUCCAGGGUAGACCUCCCUCCGCUGGAGCGAGGUCCCAGAGUCCUGAGGGGCCCGGCCUCGGCUCCCCGCACGGGUGCUAGUGUGAUGCGAGCCGGUGGCUCUCCGGGCGCCCUCUACAGAUCUAUUUUUAUAUGGAACUUACUCGCUGGACAGCGGGAGGGGCCUGCAACUCCCCCCCCACCCCAUACGCUGUCUGGGCCCACCCAGGGAGGGGAGGGGCCGGUUGGGGAGGUGGUUCCUUUGAUUCGUGCUGGAGAUGUUUUUAUAAUUUUGGGUUCUAUAUGCAGGACAAAGUAAUAAAAACUUGUCUGU